GUUGCCGCCGCCGCCACCGCCGGGAUCGGGACAUCGCCAGCGGAGCUUCCUUGGCUGAGGCGGCCCAGGCGGAGGAAGCAGAGGCGCCUCCGGGGCCCCGGCGGCCCCGGCCAUGAUCUCCUGGAUCCUGUACCGCGUCGUGGUGCUGGUGCUUGGGAUGCUCUACCCUGCCUAUGCUUCCUACAAGGCUGUGAAAACGAAAAAUAUCCGGGAAUAUGUCCGUUGGAUGAUGUACUGGAUUGUGUUUGCCCUCUUCAUGGUCACAGAGGCCCUCUCAGAUAUUUUCAUUUCCUGGUUCCCCUUCUACUAUGAGAUCAAAAUGGGAUUUGUCAUGUGGCUGUUGUCUCCAUAUACAAGGGGGGCUGGCUGGCUGUACCGCAAAUUUGUACAUCCCACAUUAUCCCACAAAGAAAAGGAAAUUGAUCUGCUCAUCCUUCAGGCCCAGGAGCGUGGCUACGAGACACUCCUGAGCUUUGGGAAGAAGAGCCUCAAUGUUGCAGCCACAGCUGCUGCCCAAGCUGCAGCAAAAAGUCAAGGGGCCCUGGCCGGGCAUUUGCGUAGCUUCAGCAUGCAGGACCUGCGUUCCAUCCCAGACACGGCUCCUGUGCAUUACUCUGAUCCCCUGUACCUGGAGGAACAGGAGCUCCGCCGGAGGCCAAUAGGACACAGGGCAUCUCCUCAACAGCUGGGCUCUGACAGCAAUGAAGAGGACUGCUGGUCAGACUCUGAGCUCUCUGCUGGCGUAAGGGCCCACAGCAAGAAGCCAUUGCUUUCCAAGCCAUUGGCCAGGUCCCAGAGCCUCCGCAUGGUGAAGAAGAAGUCGCCUACCAAAGAGGGCUCGGCUCGGGUCCCGCGAAGUCGCCCCAGGAAGAAGGUGGCCGAUCCGAUCUGUUAGGCUUGUCCGCAGGGAAGCCUUGGUUGCAAAUGCUGGCACUAGGCACUUGGGACAGCAAUGACUGCGGUGCUUCACAGCUUGGUUGUGGAGGGAGAUGGGUUUGAAACAUACCACGUCCUGGCAAUGAGAAGCCUUGUGUAUGUACCCUACAGCUACCACCCACACUGCAAGCCGUCUCUCAGGGCACCCUCCCCUCCUGGUCUCAAAGUGGUGCCUUGAUUUUGACUGGUGGCCACCUUCCUCUGUACUUGUUGCCUGCCAAAUAACCUGCCCACAUGAUGUGCCUACAGGAAGGGGAGGUAUCUCUCUCUUUCCCUUUUGCUACACAUGCCUUUUUUGACACAAGAAUACUGUGCCAUAAGCAGACUUGCCUUUUUAAAUGCCGGGGUAGAAGAGCUGUUUGUUGGGGGAGUAUUGGACUCAAGAAUCUGGGUACCGUAUUUCUUGUCUGGACGCUUGGCUGCUUUGAAGAUGGGUGCCCCAAAGUGAGCUUAGUGCACUUCUACAGCACUCGCACUUCUGACUGGGGUGCAGUGGUCAGAUACCAAAGAAGGAAGCAGCCUCUCUCAUGAUGGCACUUCUCCCACUUUCCUUGUAGCUGCUUACAUCUCAGGUUUCUUCCCCCCUCUCCACCACCAGUGAAAACACUGACAUGUCUACUUGAACACUAUCACUGGCUAGGUCCUUGACCUAAGUGCAUUUGUAAGUUUUGUAUAUUCUUAAAUAAAUGCAUUUUUAUGAGA